AUAUUUUAGGUUAUGAUUACUAAAAACUAAAUAGACAAUUGGUGAUCAUGUCUUUAUUAAAAUUAUUAAAAAACAAUACAAGAAAUGUAUUUAUUAAAUGUAAUGAAUCACAGUUAAUUUUCAUAUCGUCGAGAAAGUUGAGCAUAGUGCCUUCAAUUUACGAUGGAGAAAACCCAGCACCGAAGUUUUUUUCAUCCGGUAUACAAAUAUUGCUUAAACGUUUAACUCGGCCCGAUUAUGCAAAAGUAUUUCGUAAAAGAUCAAACAGUAAUGCUCCUAUGUUGGAAACGCCACAAUAUAAAUUUUUAACCGAUGAGGAACUACAGAUUGAAAAAGAAAAAGCUAAUCAAAGUGCGGAUCGCUUACUCCAAAUGCCCCCAGUUGUAAAGGUACAUGAACCUAUAAAUGAUGUUUUAUCCAAAGAUCCAGCAUUAGUGGGUUUUGAUUCUGCUAAAUAUUUGUUUACUGACAUUAGUUUUGGUGUUGCCAAUGAACACAGACUAAUUGUGGAAAGAGACCCUGAUGGAAUACUCCGUAGUUGUGACCAUGAUGUAAGAAAGAGAUUGAAUCAGAUAUAUUUCCCAAUGCUGGGUCGAAAAAUAAGAGAGCCAUUGAUAUUUGCAGAUGAAGAAAAGUUACACAGCCUCCUUGAUAGGCAAAAGUAUGAGUAUGUUUUGGAUAGAGCCUGUGUUCAGUAUGAACCAGAUGAACCUAAAUUUCAGAAGGUCACAAGUAUCACAUACCAGCAUAUUGAUACUAACAUGCAGUAUGAUUUGUUAAGGUCAACACGUCAUUUUGGGCCUCUCGCGUUCUACUUAACAUGGCACAAAAGUAUGGACAGUCUGAUGUUUGAAUUAGUACAGACUGGAGCUAUACGGGAGGCUGUGUUGCUAAUGUCACUUCGACAUGCUGUACACGGAGAUCUGAAAAAUGGUGCAGAUAGUGACGCUCUUGGCAAACAGGUUUUAACCACCCCAGUUCAAUUAUCAAAAUCAGAAUAUCUAACAGAAGAGGAUAUUCAACUCGAUAACAAAUGUAUUGAAUGCUUAGAUGCAUACAUUGUCAACAACUCUACUAUGAAGAGCCAACAAGGACUUGCAUUGCAAGGAUUCAGAGAGUAUUAUCAACAGAUGAUUGAACUUAGUCGAGGCUUGAAAAAAGCGCAUGGAACAGCUUGAAUGUGUAAUAAUAUAUUGAAUUAAAUGUUUAGAUAAGUAA